GCUGUUACUACUUAUUCAAUCGUCUUACUGACAAUGAACAAUUCACUUUUGCAGCGUUACAAAAUUGGUUACUCGUCUUGCAUUCUUUCCUUUACGCACAAUCAUUGACUUUGACGUCCAUCUCACUGUUCUCAUUAUCACCACUCUUGCCAGUGAGAACGAUCUGUCGGACAGUCGGACUGCUUUGAGUCAUCCAUGUCUGUGUCUGUCUCAUUCAGCCUCGGUACCGUUAUCAUGAUCUUCGUCUUCAUGGUCAUGGUCACCGUCCUCGGCAUACUCUUGCUUGUCAUCGUGCGUGUCCGUGGCCACAACGAUCGUUACGCCUGCCGCUCGUUGUUCCGGAGAAAGGAGAGUUCGGACGACGACUUGACUGUCUCUAUCUCCCCUUCUCGUCCAACGGUUGUUGGUCUUACCUCUACCAAGGGCUUUCCUGUGAUGCAUAUGACUGUCACCCCACCCACCCCAGCGCAAGCUCCCCCACGGCCACACAAGAGUGAUUCCUGCGAGAAGGAUGAGGUUCACGAGUUGUCUCGCAACAGCUACAAUGAAGGCAUGGUGGCGUAUGGGUAUGCUAUAUAA